AUGGAUGCAUCCGAAGAAGAAAAGGAUUUUUCCCUUAUAUCAAUCAACUACAACGCAUGCGAAAAAGUUGUGAGGGAGGUGAAAAGGAGAAAUCGUUACGUGAAUAUACCCCUACAUGGACGAGCUCAGGAGGAUCAUUCGGGCAAUAAAAAUGACAAUGAGGAAUUGAAAGAGAGGGAACCUAUUCAACAAGAUUUUUGUAAAAAUAAAAAAGUAGUGUCUUUUGAAAGAAUAUUGCACACGAAAAAUACGGAACAAGACGAUAAAUUAGACUGUGUAGAUAGAAAUGGUUGUGUAAAAAUAUCAGUUUUUGAGAAGAAAAAAAGUGAUACUUUAUUUUUAAGAAAAAAAAAAUCAUUAAUUUUUAAUGAAAAUAAAUAUAACAAAUUUAUGGAAGCAUUUAAACAACAAGAAUUGAAAAAAAUAAAAAAUUUUCAUUAUGUAUAUAAAUGGAAAAUAGCCCUAGUCAUUUUGCUAAUCCUAGCCAUCACAUUUACAUUAAUUGGUCUUUUCAUUUAUUAUGAAUCUAGUCAAGUAAUCGAAGUAAAUAUUGAUUAUAAUUCAGAAGAUACUUUUAAAAUUUUUGAAAUGACACACAAAAUGAAACAACCAGUUUAUGUAUACUACAAAAUAACGAAUUUUUACAGUAAUUUUAAAAACUUCCUUUCCGACGAAUCGCAAGCCCUUGUGAACGAUUGUAAAUGUAAAUACAUAAAAACAUUUGAAGAUAUUUACAAAUUUAGGUGUAUAAAUAAUAUACAGACACUUCCAGAACUUAAUAAUGAUUUAAGUAUUGAUGGAGGGGGAGGAAAAAAAAAAAUAACAAACUUGAGUAGUAAUAAACCGUGUGAUAUUAAUUCUCUGAGCAAAGAUGAAAAAGAAAAAAAAAUAUUUCCAUGUGGACUAGUUUCAGCUUCUAUUUUUAAUGAUAAAAUUAGGUUAUCUUUGGGUGAAAAAAUUUUCAAUAUUGAUAAAUUCCCCAUCCUUAAUUAUUAUGAUUUGUUUUCAUAUAUUAAAAAACAUAAAAAAUAUUCAUCAAAUUAUAAGGUAUGGCUUAAUACCAUAUCUCCAGAUUAUAAAAGUUGGUUCCAUCCACCUAUGACAUCAUCAUUUAUAAAGCCAUAUGGUGUUAUUUUUGAAGACCUCGAACCAGGGAAUCAGUAUCAAAUAACAUUUACACAGAAUACGUGGCCAGCAAAACAUUGGAAGGCCAAGAAAUCAUUUCAAUUAAUUUCAUUACGGGCAGUGGGGAAUAGUGCAUAUGAGUUAGCUUAUUCAUUUUUCUUAUUAGCAUUAAUAUAUAUCAUUGCUAUAAUUGUUAUACUAAUUUUAGUUAAAUCUGGAUAUUGUAAAUUGGGGAAAACUUUUUCGUACUGCAAAAUGUCAACAGAUAACAAUGCUACUGAACAAACAUUUAUCCGUAAAAAAUCAACCAUGAAGAGAGCAGGGAAUGGAACAUUGGACUUAUCGAAGAAGAUCUCACGAGCUCAUCCAGACGAGGAAAAAAACAAAAGUAGUUCAAACGAACGUAUAACAAAAGUUAUUAGUUCCCCUUCAAGGCGUUGUCUCUGCCCCUUGCAUUAG